AGCAGUUACUCGGAAUACAAGCCCGUUGGUCUCCGAUGUAACGUCAGCAGCAAGCUCGUCUGUUUGGACUUGAAGGUGGUUACUUCCCCUUUGGUUUCAGAGGUUCUGGCGUCCAAGCCGCCACUGAACCGGCAACUUCGGCAGGAAAAUAGAGCGUCUGUGGAGACGAGGAAGUCUGCCACUGGGACCACCCUACCAGCUUUGCUGACAUCCCCAGGGACAGUGCUGCUCCAGAAACAUGUGAGGAGCAAUAAAUACUCCCCGCUGGUCGAGAGGGUUCACCUACUACAUGCGAACCCCCAGUAUGUCUACAUGGUCUUACCUAAUGGGCGGGAUGACAUGGUCUCCGUCCGCGACCUGGCGCCUGCAGGAGCAGCAGACCACUAUCCCGAACACUCCACGGUAACUAUGAACCCUGUACCCGAGGAGACACCGCGCACACCGAGCCCUACACAGACUCCUCAUGACACUCCUAUACCAGGCGUCUCGUACGCGUAUAUACCAGGCACCUCGCACACACGUGAGGGAUCACUGACGCCUAGUGGGCUGACACCUCCAGUUAGGCCAGAACCAGCUCAACCUCCAUCUCUGGUGCAAUCACCACCGGCUCCUGUGCAAUCACCACCACCGGCAUCUGUGCAAUCACCACCACCGGCUCCUGUGCAAUCACCACCACCGGCAUCUGUGCAAUCACCACCACCGGCUCCUGUGCAAUCACCACCACCGGCUCCUGUGCAAUCACCACCACCGGCAUCUGUGCAAUCACCACCACCGGCUCCUGUGCAAUCACCACCACCGGCUCCUGUGCAAUCACCACCACCGGCACCUGUGCAAUCACAGCCGGUGCUAUGUAGAUCACAGCGACAGAUUCGACCACCUGAUAGACUUAACCUGUAAGAAACUUCACCCCAUGGGGACUCUCUUUUAAAACAAACGGGGGGUGAAUGUGGUGAACUACAUAUACCUGUCUGGACACACCUCUCUGCUGACUGCUCCUGUGGCUCCUCCCACAGACCCCGUGUGGUGAACUACAUAUACCUGUCUGGACAGGCCCCCUGCUGACUGCUCCUGUGGCUCCUCCCACAGACCCCGUGUGGUGAACUACAUAUACCUGUCUGGACAGGCCCCCUGCUGACUGCUCCUGUGGCUCCUCCCACUGACCCCGGUAUAAAGGCGAUUGAGGCCUGAGCCCGGCCUCUCUGUCUCCAGGAUGUAGUAUGGUGGUCACUCACUGCUGGUUCCUUCUUCCAGUCAAUAAAAGCCGAUAUCUCGCCUUUACGUCUCAGAGAGUUAUUGAUGGUGCAUCAGGAGCCCAAGUCAUUGGGUAUAUUCAAAGCAGAGAUUGAUAGGUUCUUGAU